AUGACCAGCUCAUUGAAUACAUUGUCAAGAACACCAGGUCUAUCAACAACAUUACACAGCACACUGGCCAGUUCACCAACCAUGUUCUCCAGCGCAACAACAAGCCAAUUGACAACACAAUCCAUCAUAACUACCGGCCAGCUGUCAACUGUGCCUGAAAUAACAAGCGGCACAACCUUGACAAUGACCAGCACGAUAACUAACCCGUCGUCCACAUUAUCUGAAUCAACUCUCUGCCCAUCGACAACAAUAUCCACAACAAAUACAGGCCCGUUGACAACACUGUCCAGCACAACUGCCACUCAAUCAACCACGUUGUCCAGCACAUCGAAUAGACAAUCGACUAAACAAUCCAGCAUAACUACCAGCCCAUUGUCCACAGUCUCUGAAACAACCACAGGUCCAUUGACAACACCACCAAGUAUAACAAACAGCUCAUCAACCAUAUCCACCGAAAUAACAACUAGAAAAUCGACGACAGUCUCCAGCACAAAAACCGGGCCAUGGACCACAUCUUCAGGAACAACAGCCAGCCCAGUGACCAUUUCCAGUACACAAACCGUUCCAUCUACAAUACUCUCCAGCACAUCGACCAGCCCGUCAGUCACGUCCUCAGGGUCAAAAACCAGCCGGUCAACCACAUUGUCUGAAACAAGCAGCUCAUUGAAAACAACGUUCAGCACAGAGGCCAGCCCAUUUACUACAAUCUCCAAAACAACCACCGAAAUAUCAACUACAUUGCCUGAAGCAUCAGGUCAAUCGACAACAUUGUCCAGCACAUCAAACAUAUUCUCCAGCACACCGACCGGUCCAUCUACAUUACUCUCCAGCACACCGACCGGUCCAUCUACAUUACUCUCCAGCACACCGACCGGUCCAUCUACAUUACUCUCCAGCACAUCAACCAGCUCAUCAAUCAUGACCUCAGGCUCAACAUCUGGCCUGUCAACCUCAUUGUCUGAAACAACAACCAGCUUAUCGAAAACAAGCACAAUAGCCAGUCCAUCAACCAUAUUAUUCAGCACUACGACCAGUCAAUUGACAACAGAGUCCAGCGUAACCACCAGUCCUUUGUCAACUGUGCCUGAAACAACGACUGGCCAAGCAACGACCAGCUUGACGUCCACGUUAGCCAAAUCAACGCUUUACCCAUCGACAACAUUGUUCAGGACAACCACAGGCCCAUCGACAACACUGUCCAGCACAGCUGCUACUCAAUCAAACAUGUUGUCCAGCACAACAACUAGCCAAGCGACCAAACAAUCCAGCAUAACUACCAGCCCAUUCUCCACAGCAACAACCACAGGCCUAUGGACAACUCCGCCCAGCAUAACAAACAGCUCAUCAAUCAAACUGUCAACCAUAUCUUCAGGAACAACAACCGGCCCAGUGACCACCAUUUCCAGCACACCGACCAGACAUUUUACAAUACUCUCCACCACAUCCACCAGCCCGUCAAUCACAUCCUCAGCUUCAACUAAUGGCCUGUCAACCACAUUGUCUGAAACAACAACCAGCCCAUCGAUAACAAUGUCCAGCACAACAGUCAGCCCAUAUACUACAAUCUCCAAAUUAAUCACUGACGUAUCCACAACAAUGUCCAGCACAAUGACAGGCCCUUCCACAUCACAAUCCACCAUAAUGACCAGCUCAUUGACUACACUGCCAGGAACACCAGGUCUAUCAACAACAUUGCCCAGCACAACCAACAGUUCAUCGACCAUGUUCUCCAGCACAACAACGAGCCAACUGACAACACAAUCCAGCAUAACCACCGCCCAGUUCUCAACUGUGCCUGAAACAACAAGCGGCACACCCUUGACGAUGACCAGCACAAUAACUAACCCGUCAUACACAUUAUCUCAAUCAACACUCCAUCCAUCGACAAUAAUAUCCACGACAACCACAGGCCCAUCGACAACACUGUCCAGCACAACUGCCACUCAAUCAACCGUGUUGUCCAGCACGCCGAAUAGUCAAUCAACUAAACAAUCCAGCAUAACUACCAGCCCAUCGUCCAUAGUCCCUGAUCCAACUACUGGUCCAUCAACAACACCCCCCAGUAUAACAAACAGCUCAUCAACCACAUCUUCCGAAAUAACAGCCAGAAAAUCAACAUCACUCUCCACAACAACAACUCGACCGUCGACCACAUCUUCAGAAACAAUAACCAGCCCAAGGACCACCACUUCCAGCACACCCACUGGGCCAUCUGCAAUACUCUCCAGCACAUCGACCAGCCCACCAGACGCUUCCUCAGGCUUAACAAUCGGCCUGUCAACCACAUUGUUCGAAACAACAACCAGCCUAUUCAAAACAAGCACAACACCCAGUCCAUCAACCGUAUUAUCCAGCACAACAGCUAAACAAUUCACAGCACAAUCCAGUGUAACCACCAGCCCUUCAACAACUGUGCCUGAAACUACAACUGGCCCAACCAACCCAUUGACCAGCACGAUAGCCAGCCCAUCGUCCACAUUAUCUGAAUCAACUCUCCACCCAUCAACAAUACUGACCAGCGCAAUGACAGGCCCUUCAACAUCACAAUCCACCAUAAAGACCGGCCCGACAACUACAUUGCCUGAAACCUCACGUCUAUCGACAACACUGUCAAGCUCAACUGCCAGUCAGUCAACCAGUCCCAUCGACAACACCGUCCAGUACAACAAACGGCUCACUGACCACCCUCUACAAAACCACAACCAGAAAAUCACUCUCUAG